AUGGCGGAUACGUUCAACGAUAAAAAAAAUUUUACUUCAAACGAAUCCCAAGAUACCAUAAUAAGAAUGUGGAUUCUCUUUGAGGGUAAUACAGAACCCACUAAGCUAAAAGCUGAUGUAUCUAAAGUUACGGACUUGGAUGAUUUAAAAUAUAAACUCACGAAUGAUUUCAACAUAUUGAAAGAUGUCGAACCAUCAAAAAUUAUAUUUUUCAACCACAAUGAUCGUAGCACACCUAUUCCACCAGACGCUCUUCUACAACCUCUGGCUGACGAUACAACAGCUAAAUCUCCACUCGUUGUACGCUACCCGAUAUCAGAUUCGAGCAUCGUAGUAAGAUUCAGAUUUUUGCAAAAUCUUAGCGACUGCCGAAUACCCCAUUCCAGUGGGUUGUGGGAACUACUUCGAGAAGAAGUUAGGGAAAAGUUCGAUAGACUGGCAACAACUGACUUUAUUUAUAUUGUUAAGAAAAACUCAAAUGCCUUAAACUCCUCAGAAGAGGAAAUCAGAAACGAAUAUCAACUUAUGAAUUUAAUAUCCCAAACAAAGCCAAAUGAAUUAAAUGAACGCAUUUUAAAUCUAAAAGUACGAAUUAAAGGGAAGAAGGCGUUUGGCGAUUGGAGUUUUAAAGAAGUGGCUAGAGAGAUUUAUAACGAUAAUUUUGACAGUCUUCGUACCAUGCGAAAAUUUGACAUCAAAGAUCUUCCCGAAUUAAGCCCACCAAUAAGUGAAGAGGAAGUUAAAUAUUUUAUUAAACAGCUCAAAAAAAAGGCAUCGGCAUUCAAAAAUUGUGUCAACACAAAUGAAGCCACAGUACGCGAAUACAUUUCAAUUUUUAUGACUGAAGCAGUUUAUCAUAUUCAACAAUAUAAAGAUUCAACAACAACAUUAAGCGUGGAGUCCGAACUUGAAGGAUCUCGAGGCUAUGGUAAUUUGGAUUAUGAAGUCGAUGUACAAGAUGUUCCUGUACUAAUUAAUGAGGCUAAGAAUUUAGAUAUGGAAAAGGGAGUUGCUCAAAAUUUGAUACAAGUUCAUACUGCGGCCGAAAAAUUGUUAGGGAAACGAAAACGUGAGCAAGUGGAUUCUGAUUCUUUGUUACCUCCAAUAAUGUUUGGUAUAGUAACAACAGGAAAUAUUUGGCGAUUUAUCCGUUGGUCUGGAACAUUACAAUCUCCAAAAGCUGAAAUUUCUCUCGCGAUUGUAUGUGAUCUUUGUGGUGGUAAUUAUCAAGAUGUAAAAAUUGUGUUAUUAUAUAUUGCACGAUUAUUGCAAGCACAGGCUGAUGCAUUAGAAAAUAAUCAGGAUAAAGAACGAGACAAUAAGCGUCAUAAAAAAUAG